AUGAGCGUCCCCCGACGGCUCCUGCUGCUCUUCCUAGGGGGAGUCGCCCAAAUGCUGGGCGGGGGCAGAUCGGGUGAGUGGGGGGGACCCUCGGGGGCUCGGCUUCUGCGGUGGGCCGGGAGGGAGAAGAGGGGGCCCAACCAACGCGCCUCUCCAGCCCCUUUGCGCGUCGAGGGACCCCCAGCGCGGCGCUCCCCCCGGCCCCCGCUCCCUUCUCCUGGUCGCCUCUCCCUCCCGUCCUUCUCCGGCUGCUUUCCGGACUGGAUCGUCCACCGAUGUCCCGUCCCCGCCUCGAGUCGAGCGUGGCCGGAGGCCGUCCAGGGGCUCCGGGACUCCUCCUACUCCGAGGGCAUCAGCAGCGCUCGGAGCGGAGGCCCAGGAGACAAGCGGGCAUCCAACGCCAACCCCCGCCUCCCCCCCCCCUUCCCCCGGCAUCCCUGCGCCUUCUCUCUGCACACCCUCCACUAUUUUGAGACGGCCAUCUGGGAGCCGGGCUGGCAGCUGCCCCAGUUCAUCUCUUUGGCGUAUGUGGACGACCGGCUUAUCGGCCGCUACAACAGAGACACCGACCAGUGCGUGCCUCAGUCACCCUGGAUAGAGGAGAUCGGCCGCGCCGACGCCGACUACUGGGCCAGGUCCAUGAAAUGGGACUUUGCCUCAAGCCUAGUCGUGGAUCUGAUGGUUCUGAGGAACAUUUACAACCGGAGCAGGGGGAUUCACACCCUCCAGAUGCUCUCCGGCUGCGAACUGGAUGAGGAGACCCGUGCCACCAGAGGGUUUGCAAAGUACGGCUACAACGGGAGGGACUUCCUCACCCUGGACCCGGAGAAGUGGGAAGCCGAGCGGCACCGAGGGGAACUCUGGGAGCGUUUCCUGACCGACACCUGUGUGGAGUGGCUGCACACACACCUACGCUAUGGGAAAGAGACUCUGCUGGAGGCUGAGCCGCCGACGGUUCGUGUGACCCGCUAGGCAGGAGCAGAGGGCCUGGAGACCCUCGUCUGCCGACUCCACGGCUUCUACCCCAAAGAGAUUGACGUGACGUGGCGGAACGGCGGGGAGGUCUGGCACCAGGACACCUGGACGGGGGGUGUCGUCCCCAACUCGGAUUGGACCUACCACACCUGGAUCAGAAUUGACGUUGACCCCCAGGAGAGGGACCGCUACCGGUGCCACGUGGAACACGACGGCCUGCCGGAGCCCCUGGACUUGGCCUGGGAGGAGUCUGCGAUUGGGCUACUGUAUAUAUUAGUUGUCUCUGGAGUCAUCCUGAGUGAAGACAAAAAUCUGUGA